UUUUUCCCUCUCGGAUCAGCGGAACUCACGUAAUAGGCAGAGGAGUGUAGAGCAGAGAAUAAUUCCCCAACCAAAGAGGCUAUUGUUUUGUCAGCAUUCUUUCCUGUUUCCUUUGUAUUGUCAGCAUUUUUUCUUGUUUCCUUGCGGGUAGUGGUUACAUGAGGUCAGUUCCAAGGUCAACACUUAUUGUUUUCUGUCUUUUAUUCUUCUCAAAAGGGUUAAAUUAGAACCAUUUACGUUGAAAUCCAAGAACCCAUUUCGGAAUUGCAGCUUUGUGAUUGAUUGAGGAUAAAGAAAGUAAAGAAACCAAAAGGUUUUUCUUUCUCUUUUAAUCUUUUAGAGCAUGCAGUGCUCAGUGAGGAGCAAGGUUUAAUGGCAAAAUCAGUGGGAAACAAGAAUUUGGGCUUAUUGAGAACUGUAGAAGAGAGAGCCCUGUCCAAGAAGGUGGAAGAUGAGCAAAACAAGCAACAUGUUCCUUAUUUUCAUAAAGAUUGCAUCUCAAAUAUCCUUAUUCGGCUUCCUCUUCAGUCACUUCAAAGUUCAAGAUUUGUUUGCAAGCUGUGGUAUAGUAUCAUUAACAGUUCCAUUUUCAUUGAUGCCCAUCUUCGUCGCUCUGAAUCUGUGUUGAUAUAUGUAAAACCAGUUCCAAAUAAAAGAUACUCAGCAACAUCAAAACCACCAGAGGAAUCAAAUAACUUUUCAGUUGAAGCAAGUUUUCUCCAAUCAAACUCUGGCUCCAUUUUUGCUGAACCUAUCAUGAAUAGUGCGCCAAAAUUUUGCAUUCAGUUUGUGGAAUUUAAAGAGGGAAAUAUGAAGAUAGGAGAGUAUAAUGUGAACUGCCUUGGAAAUAUUAGAGCCACAUGCAAUGGCCUAAUUUUGCUUGAUAAUAAACUGAAGAAAGGAGGACUGAUUGUCAUGAAUCCUGUGACGAGAAAGCUUAUUGCACUUCCUCUAGGUACCAUCUAUUCUCCUCAGGAUGAAUCUUAUGGCUUUGCCUUAAGUGAUACUACUGGAGAAUAUAAAGUAGUGCACUUGUUUCGGGAUGAAUUGGGAUAUGUCAGCUGUGAGACAUUAAACCUCAGGGCAAGAUUCUGGAAAGAAGUAAAUGGACCUUCUUUUGGACUUUUUCGUUGGUUUGGAUACAGACCUGUUGCAGCACUUGGAGCACUGCAUUGGAUUCCUCAAGUUGAUCAUAAUGAUUACUUAGUAUCAAUGGAAGUGGAUAAUGAAAAGUUUCAUAGUGUACCACUCCCCAAAAGUUGCAGAAUCCAUGAUAGGAUUAUUGAGAUGGGUGGUCUGUUAUGUUUCGUCACUCAUGAAGAGUUGAACAUUGAUAUUUGGAACUUGAGGAGUUUAUCUGGCGAUGUCUGGACAAAACAAUAUAGCAUCACUAGAGGCAGUGUUAUUGACAUGGUUCCGAUUUGCAGUUUGAGAAUCGGUGGAGAGCUGAUAUUCAAGAGGGAUGAAGAUGGAUCGUUUUACUCUUACGAUUGUAGACUUAAAGAGAUGAGAAAGGUUGAAAUGGAUAAGAAGUGCUUACCGUUUCAUGGUACAUACCUGCCUCAUGUAAACAGCCUUAUCUCAUGGGUGAAAAUUCAGGAUGCCAGUAAUUGAUUUCUCCUUUGGCUUGGCUAUCAGUUGAGCAGUGUGGUUUGCAGAUUCAUGUAUACAGUACAUUACUUCAUAAUUGCCUCUAUCCUAUUCUGUUUUGCAUUGGUUGCUAAGCUUUGCAAUGUUUUUGAGUUUCUACAGUAUAGGUCUUGAUCAGUAAAUAUCAAAUGUCAUGAGUUACUUUUGUAACUGUACAUAAAUAAGGCCCUUGGAUUUUCCUGUU